AUGUUCAUGAUCAUCCCUUCCGAUUUUGACACUUCGGUACUCGAUUCAACCUUCACGCCUGUACAAGCGGAUGGCCGAAUCGAUCUCGAGAGUGCUGGCCUUGCUGACUGUAAUUUGUUUCAUCUCUCCUUCACACUCGCCACGCCAUGCGACGUUAUCAUGCCUCGAGCCAAGCGUCAAAAACCUGUCAAAGGCACGCCGAAAGAGUUGAUGUCGAGGCUAAAAUCAUUGUCUGAAACAACGUCUUUUGAUGUAUACUUCAGGUUCGAUACGUUCGCUCAACUCGAGUUGCGUAAAAUCUUUGCUGCAAGCCUGACGAAUCAACUCAAUGCUCCAACUCUGCUGCUUGACAGCAUGUAUGAUGGCCGUGGAGGCGGAAUCAACCUCUGGCUCAAUCAAGGCCUAGAUCUCGAGCAUGAGAACAAGAAAUGCCAGUCUCGUCCUGAAUUGCUUCAAGACAUUAUCCCGCUACCUCCUUAUACUCGGGAUACAAUUCCAUCCCUCGACCUAAACAAACCUCCCGGGCUCUUUCUUGAGGAGGUUGAAGUGCCCUUCAGUGAUGUUAGUGUCGCUUCUUUGUCAAUGCACAAGGACAGUGAUAGUGAAGGCGUGCCUGAGACACCUUUCUGGGCCCGUAUGCGUCGCAUCAUGGACUAUCGAUCCCCAAGUGUCGAGCAUCCAAGCAGAGCCACUUUCAAACGUGCUGCAAGUGUUGGCUCAUUGUCUGAGAGCAAUUCGAGAUCGAAACAGCUGCGGACCUGCCGCUCGCCUUCGCUGGGACCUCCAAUUUGUGAAGCCUCUGCUCCCGUUGUCGCUGGACUUGAUAUUGCGUCGAGUUUUGCGCAUCACAAAUUGAUCGCCCAGGACGAGAAUACUAGUGAGGUGGCAUCGCGAUUGCCUGAAUCUGCGAUUCGCGAAAUUUCCGUUCCUCCCUCGAUGGCACUCGAGACAACGAACAUUGCUGUGCAGCAAGGAACGGACUCAUCGAGAGACAGGGCCGAAGAAAUUGCAAACUGGUUGUUCAAUGCUUGGAAAGUCUUGCCAUCUGCACACUAUGACCUUCGUGGCCAACUACUCGCUCUCAGCAACGCUUCAGAUGAGCUAUUUGCUAAGCUUCGUAUCGAAUGCACGACUCAACUGGCCUUCGCUGCUGCACGGGUCCCUAAAACAGAAGGAUCGGCCUGCAUAAUGAAAAUGUCUGACGCAGAAGAACAAGUCAGAGAGGUCGUACAGUGGAUCAACGACGUCAAGUCUGGUGCUGAUAUGGGUCUUAUACACGACAUUGUUGCAUUGGCUGGGGUAGCGAUGGAGGUGGUGGAUUCCGCUCCAGACUUGAAAGCUGAGAGAAUGAAUGACUUUUUGAUGUGCAAGGCAAGAUGUAUUGCUGACGCCUGUUCCCUGAGAAUUGGCUAUACGGCAGGCUGA